GAGAACUGCAUGAACUGUGAACUGACCAGCAACUACUACACAACCGAUCCAAACUCAACAGAUCAGCAAUGGCUGCUGUACAAUUCCAGAUAUACAGUAUCUGAGUGUCUAUGGGGUGAGCCAGGGAAUGUCGACGUUGGCGAUAGUCCUUGCAUCACAUCACUCGCCUGCGGAGACCUUCAGACUGCCAUUCAGUAUGGCAACUUCAGCACCAGCUCCAGCAUCGGUGCAUACGACUACUGCACCCAGUGGGGUGACAGCACCUUCUCGGAUGGGUGCGUGGAAUGCCUGCGGACGAGCCAGCAACAAUAUCUUGCCAACAUGGUGGUGAUGCUCCAGGUGGGCUGCGACCAGAAGCCCGCGCCGGGCUCGACCAUCUCCGUCCAGGGAAGUAUCUUCUCGACGACGCGUAUGAACGAGACCACGCCGACCCCGACCAGCACCUGGACGAACAUUAACGAAUCGGGGCCCAUCUCACUCGGCGCCAAGGUCGGCAUCGCCAUAGGUGGCGUUUGCGUCGUGCUCGCCAUCACCGGCUUCUGCAUCGUUUGCAACGGCCGCCGCCGCCGCCGCGCGUUCCUGCGCAAGCUCGAGAUGCAGCACAAGGAGUCAGGUUGGCCACACCCCUUCGCCGGCGGGAUUGUACACCGGGGCCCUGACAUGAACGAGACGCCGCUGUCGCAGAAACCGCUCCGCGGGUGGGACGACUCGCCCCUGUCGGCCACGGCCUCUGAGCCCGCCUACGCGCGCUACUUCUCGCCCUACUCGUCGCACCACACCAGCCCCGUCAACGGUGCCGAGUCGUCGGCCGUCAUGGCCCAACAGUGGCCGCAGGCUUUUC